GUUCUAGUUAUAGCACAUAUAAAAUUAUCCGAGUGUAUUAUGAUAGUAUUAUCAUAUUAUGCUUUGAUUACUGAUAGUCCAUACUAAUAUCUUUCUGUGUUUGAUUCAUAGAUUUAAAAGAAUAGAUAUUUAUAAAAGUUUAUUUUUAGAAACGAACCCAUAAGCACUUUGUUCUCAUGGUUUUCGAUGAAAAUGGACGCGUAAAAUGGAUUCUGGUUGUUGGAUACGUCUGGAUGGACGAAGGAGGGAGCCUUGCCUCACAAUCCAGCGAGAGUGAACUGAGUUUAGACUUUAUUGAACCGGAAGUGUUAGAGGCGAUCCAGAAUGAGGCUCCAGCGGAAACUAUUGGCGGAGAAAUCUUGAACACGCUCGUAACAUUAGAAUCAGAAGACGCAAUAGCCGCAUCCAACAUUCCUGGUAUAUCUUUUGAUAAGCCCGUCUCCGAAACUGAAGAUUCCAUAAAUUUGCCAUCCGGAAGUGGACAAACAACACAUUUGAGAAGCGGCGCUCGCGUGCCAUUGCAGGUUGAUGGUUUAACUGGGGUGCCGACGUAUGCUAGCAUUGGCGAAGACAAAUUAAAAACGAUUCUUACCGAAACAAUUAAAGAAGAAAUUCGCUGCAAGAUUCAGCUGAAGAGAAUCAGCAUGGGUCAAGAAGAGCUUAGGGUGGACUUUACACAGCCCGGUGAGACUAUAUCUUACGAAGCUGUGAAAAGACGGAACGAGAUUCGCAUGAAAAAUAGACUUUAUGCCAAGAUUUCUCGGGAGAGGACACAAGACUUAAGGAGCUCUUUAGCACGCAAAAAUAUUGAGCUUACAAAGUUGAAUGCUAAUCUAACCCGAAGAAUAGAAGAACUGAAGAAACUACUACAGACGACAGAAGAAGGCUUGGAAGAACAUCUACAGAACUGUCCAUAUAAUGAAAACACCAGUUUACCCUGACCCUAACCCAGAUUACAGAUCUAGUUAGAGUUAUAGAAUCGUCUAGUUAAUAUAGGUGCAUUAAUUUUUUAUUGAAUGAAAAUAAGUAAUUGUUUGUAUAUAGCUAAAUGUAUUUAUACUGUAAUGUAAACGAUCAAAACUAACGUUUUAGUUCAUUAAACUGUGUAUAAGCAUUUAUAAUCCAUGUUUAUUACUAAUAUUACCAACAAUGUAUUACCAUUUCAAAUAUUUCUCUCUGUCAGUAAAAGCAUAUUAAAUAAAUAGCAUAUCCAUGGGUGAUGGUGCCUUUUCUUUUCUGUUCAUCCAUACACGAAUAACCCUAAAUUUUUUAAAUGCAUUCACAAAUAUUCAAGAGCAAU